CAUGAUACCAACUGUUUUACACACAGCGAUCUCUUCUAUUCAACGUGAUGGCAAAAUUAACUUCGUACAUCGUCAGCUGGGUGCUGCUGCUGACUGCGUGUUUGCGCCUGUCCGCUGGCGUGCCGGUUCCGUGCUGCAGAAUGCCCGCGAACACCUCUCUCUGCACGUCCCACUCGUUGGAACUCCUGCAGCACAUCAGAACGCUCCUGGCCGAUGAGGUUCUGUUCAGCAGUAUCUGGUGCCCUGAGCGGGAGGUGGAGGUGACCACCAGCACGGACACGGCGUCCGUUUGCGCGCCCUCUCAGGAACAGGAUUCACGUUGCCUCACACCAACGAAUAUACCUACUCCUUUCAACGCGAAUAUAUGUCUGGGCAACAUUGCGACAGACCUGGACCACUAUGCCAAGGUUCUGCAGUCCUACCUCGACAUAAACCACCAAUGGAACCCCACAAAGGAGGAAGCCAUGCUCAAACCGAUGAUUAGGGAGAUCAAGGGGUUGCGUACGCACUGCUCCCUGGACAACAUAACCGUGGACACAUUCCGAGAGGUUCACUUCCCUCUGACGUGGGAAGAGAAGUCGUUCGAUGACAGGAAGAGACUGUGUGAGGUGAUGCAUGGCUUCUAUAUCCGGGCCAUCACCAUCAACCGCGCUUUAGGCUACAUUUCUUCAGGUGACCACUGUAGACAAGACAACGAUUCAAGGAAAACCACCAGUCAGCCCAACUGAUUCCGGCAUCGUCAUAAAAUAAUAAUGACUAGGUUUUUUUUAUUUUAUUUUAUAACCAAGUAAAGCUCAGUACAGGGCAAAAGGCCUACGCAUAUGUUACGUUAAACAGUUGAAGUAACUGUAGACCCAUAGAUGUGUACUCAUGUAUGUCAUCAUUUUCGAAGUAUUUAUUUAUUUAUUUAUUUACUUAUUUAUUUAUUUAUUUGAUGUUGAAUCUAAUUUGUUUAUCUGUAUUUUAUGUAUUUUAAUAAAUUAUUUGUUGACAUUUAUUGUGUGGUACAAAGACAUUAUAAUUCAUUUAUACCAAUGCGCCAAAGGGGGAGGUCAAUAUCUUGUAGUGUUUAAUGUAUUUGAUUCAGAGCCAAAGAUUCAGUUCUGGGUUAGAUCCCAUAUGUCAGUACAGUACUAUUUGUAUAGGCAUCAUCAAGCAAGAUUUCUACACCCUAUGACCUCAUUCUGAAAUCACUGCAGUCAUGCCCUCUGCACUUCAGGGAUGCUCGGUCAUACCAUCUUCACUUAGAGAAGCGAUUCCGCAUCUACAUUGCUUUGGACGGGAAAGCGCUUUAUGCCGACAGGGACUUCAUGGAAUAUUGAAGUACACAUCGUAAACUCAGUAAUAGUUCGUUGAAUGGCCAUAAAAAAUGUUAAAAACGGGAAUUAAUCUAUUUUUGUUCUGCAUUUACCUAGUUUGAAAUAUAUAGUUAUGUCUUACACAAUAUGCAUGUAUUGCUAUGAGGGCAGAUA